CCGAUCUACGGUCGCCAACAAGAACGGUAGCAGAAGAAAUGUUUCCGGGGUCAAAGGUAGUCUUCAAGAUUCGAAAAUAUGGAUGCUAAUGAAGCACCGAGUCCUGAUGGAGACAUUGCAUCUGUAAUGGGGUUCUCAGGGUUUGGUAAGAAGGCACGAACUUUUGAUCUCGAUGCCAUCUUCGAACAAACUCGACGUACAGCUGUAGAAAGGAGCCAGCGCGUUUUAGAGGAAAGGGAGAAGGACAGUCAAACGAAAGAUCAAGGGGAAAGCUCACAUUCUUUGAAGAAUACGCUAAAGAGCAAAGUUGCAUGUUCAAGAAAACAAAGUGACAGCAGUAGCGACAGCAACAGUGAAUCUGAAAUUGGUCCUCCGCUGCCUCCCCAGUACAAGCCUGAGGAUGAGGAGCUUGUGGGGCCACCUCUUCCUCCAGGGUAUACAGGCAGCAUAGCCCACAGUGAUGAAGAUGAGGAGGACGAAGGUGAAGCUCAAGAUGAAGAUGAUCCAGUUAAAAAGAUUCCAGACACUCAUGAGAUCACAUUACAACAUGGCACCAAAACAGUUUCGGCCCUUGGGUUGGAUCCCUCUGGAGCCCGACUGGUGUCCGGGGGAUAUGACUUUGAUGUGCGCUUCUGGGAUUUUGCCGGUAUGGAUCAGACACUCCAGGCCUUCAGGACUCUGCAGCCUUGUGAGUGCCAUCAAAUAAAGUCACUACAAUACAGUAUCACAGGAGAUGUGAUCUUGGUGGUUUCUGGUAAUGCCCAAGCCAAGGUGUUGGACCGGGAUGGCUUCAAUGUCAUGGAGUGUAUAAAAGGAGACCAGUACAUUGUGGAUAUGGCCAACACAAAGGGCCACACGGCGAUGCUAAAUUGUGGCUGCUGGCAUCCAAAAAUUAAAGAGGAGUUUAUGACCUGCUCCAAUGAUGGAACUGUGCGUACUUGGGAUGUGAACAAGGAGAAGCAGCACAAAGCAGUGUUCAAACCACGCUCCUUCCAGGGGAAGAAGGUGAUCCCCAUCUGCUGCACCUACAGUCGAGAUGGGAGGCUUGUGGCAGCUGGAUGCCAGGAUGGCAGCAUCCAGAUCUGGGACAGAAACUUAAGUGUUCACACAAAGUACCACUGUAGACAAGCCCACAUUCCUGGCUCGGACACCUCCUGUAUCAGCUUCUCUUAUGAUGGUGUGACCCUGGCAUCACGUGGAGGUGAUGACACUCUAAAAACAUGGGAUAUGCGCAACUUUAAGAAACCAUUGAAUGUGGCAAAUGGACUUACAAACUACUUCUCAAUGACUGAUUGCUGCUUUAGCCCUGACGACAAACUUCUUGUUACUGGAACAUCUGUGAAGAAAGACGAAGGAAACGGCAAACUGGUUUUCUUUGACCGGAAUACAUUUGAGAAGGUUUACCAGAUCGACGUCACUAAUGCGAGUGUUGUCCGCUGUUUGUGGCAUCCUAAACUUAAUCAGAUUAUGGUGGGGACUGGAAAUGGGGUGGUGAAGGUGUACUACGACCCGGUCAAGAGUUACAGAGGCGCUAAGCUGUGUUUAGCCAAGACCAAGCGCAAAGAGAAGCACACGGAGAUGCUAGCACAAGAUUACAUCAUCACACCGCAUGCAUUACCCAUGUUCAGAGAGGCCCGGCAGCGCAGCACCAAGAAACAACUGGAGAAGGACCGGCUGGAUCCAAAAAAGUCGCACAAGCCAGAACCCCCUGUGUCUGGACCAGGUCGUGGGGGCAGAGUGGCCGCUCAUGGUGGCACACUUUCAUCAUUCAUUGUGAAGAAUAUCGCUUUGGACAAAACCGAUGACAGUAAUCCACGAGAGGCCAUUCUGAGACACGCACAGGCCGCUGCUGAAGACCCCUACUGGGUGGCUCCAGCAUACACACAGACCCAGCCUGAACCAGUGUUUGCAGAAGAAUCAGACGAGGAUGAGGACGCCGACAAGGAACCAGAGUGGAAGAAACGCAAGAUCUGAGGCUUCCCAAGGCUAACUGGGUUUUAUGGCUGAUAAAAUGACCUUGUGAAUAGCUCCCAAUCUCCUUGGCCACAAACGCAAAAGUACUGUGCUGAGAGAGUAUAAUGGUUAAACCUGUCCUUGAUGUUUUAAUGUAUUCAUAUUAUGUUGUGCUUCAGUGCUAAAUGGCUAUACAGAUAUUUUUACUGGCCAAAUAGAUUUCCAUUUGCUGUUCAUCAACCAAUAAAAGUACUUGGCUUUUUAA